CGGAGCCCGCCCGUCUCCACUCCUCCUUUGCAGCCAAUGGCACUAAGCGAGGUGGCUGCAUGUGGUGGCGCGGACCCAGCGCCGGGACUGGGAACAGAGGAGGAGGCAGCAGGCUCUGCUCGCCGCUCGCUCCCGUCUCCCGCUCCCCGGCUCCGGGCACUCCUCCUGCCAGCGGCGGCCAGCCGCACGCUGCGCCCCCCGAGCUGCCCCUCGGUCCCUCUCCGGCGCCGGUACCUGCAGCAUGGACUCGGACUCCGGGGAGCUCAGCGAAGGCGAGCUGGUCUCACCCGCAGGUCCUGACUGUUUCAGUUCCAAGAAUCUUGCCCUGCAAGCCCAGAAAAAGAUCCUGAGUAAAAUGGCAACCAAAACCAUGGCUAACAUGCUAAUCGAUGACACAAGCAGUGAAAUCUUUGAUGAGCUGUACAAAGUAACAAAGGAACACACAAGAAACAAAAAGGAAGCCCAUAAAAUUAUGAAAGACCUGAUUAAAGUGGCAAUAAAAAUCGGGAUCCUUUAUCGAAAUAAUCAGUUCAACCAGGAAGAGCUGGAAAUCGUAGACAAGUUCAGGAAGAAGCUGAACCAAACUGCCAUGACAAUUGUCAGUUUCUACGAGGUAGAAUACACUUUUGACAGAAAUGUUCUUGCAGAACUUCUGAAUGAAUGUAAAGACCUUGUGCACGAACUAGUAGAUCGACACCUGACACCGAGAUCCCACGGGCGCAUCAACCAUGUCUUCAAUCACUUUGCGGAUGUGGAGUUUCUAACUGCCCUGUACAGUCUUGAUGGGGACUGUCGGCCAUACCUCAAAAAGAUCUGCGAUGGCAUCAACAAACUACUCGACGAGAAGAUCCUUUGAAACCACGCUCAAAACCAAGAAACCAACCAAAAACUUCUCUCUAGAACUGGCCACCCUUCAUGAGCCAUGGUGAGCAAGCGAGCUUCCUUCCUACCAGUCUCUUGCUCCAGUCUCUGGCAGGGGCCAGAAAGUGCUCACCAGGCUCAUGAUGAAGUGGAAAACUGAAAUGAGAAAGCUAUCAAUUUUAAUGUUUUGUUCAGAUAAUUCAGUCUUUUCCAAGGAGCGGAGUGAACAAGGCUGCUGAUAUAUAUUGUUCAGAAACAGAUUGCUAUACACCAUGAUCUUACUAGCUUUGUGUUCAAGGCUGAACAUGUGAAAAGAGAGCAAACUCAAAUGCAUGGCUAUGUAAAAAUGGACAGGUGAAGGUAAAAGAGCAACGCACGGAACUGACCCCCAGGCCCUUGGUGCGUACGUCUUUAUUAUUUCCACGCUAACUGAAAAAGCUUAGAAAGCAGGGCUGCAAUGGAUUAAGCUCACUCCUCUCGAAAGGAUCAGGAAUCAGUAUGAGAAGGCAUCUCUGAUUUUACACGGUAUUUCAGUCUAAUAGGGGAAUAACAAAUAAAACAAACUGAGUAGAAGUGGGAGAAAAUUUAAAGAACUGCUCUGUGAAGCAAUAUUUUCAUUAGAGUUCUGUUCUAUACCUGCUAAUAACAGAGAGAAUGUUUCAUUUCAAUUUUGAAAAGCAGCUCAGCAGUUCAAGCUCAAAGGUAGCCAGAAAACUACAUACAGUAGUAGAUCGGUUUCCCUACACUCAGGGUUUGUGUAUUUGGUGACAUCAGACAAGUUUAGGCUGAAGGUUGUGCUGCUCUUUGUGCUCUUAUUAUUCUGCCUGGCAGAACAAAAUAUUCUUUGUGAAGAUUUUGAAGUUGCACUUGUGAAGAGCAGCAGGACUAAGACACCAAUGGAGCAACAAAGCGACUUUUACAUCCCCUAUCCUCAAAAUACUCAGCCAUGAUGUUAAUUCGUGCCUGCAGUAAAACAGAGGUGUGACCAAAAAAAAGGAACCCCAUCCAAGUGUAGUAUAUCCACAGUAGUCUUAAGAGAACAGUCUUACUGACUCAGGUAAGCUUCGUGAAUGAUUUUUUUGUUCAAAAUGUUUUCAGUGACUUUUUUUUUUCUUUUUUAAACAAAAUAUGGUGUCUUCAAACUGAAAACAUUUUGCAAAGAAACACUGGUUUCUGUACACUUUUGUUGGGAUUAAGAGAGAACGGGAGCAGAGCAGAUACACCAGCUUGCCACUUGCAGAACCUUGCCCCUGGCUGACCCUAAGUAAAGGAAUUACAUUUGGAAAUCUCUCCUCUCCUUGCCCUCUAUGUCUUAUCCUCCAGACUCACCUCCAUGUACCGACACUUAGUGUCAUGUACCAUCCCCUUUUAUAGCUAACACAGAUAGCGGACAGUCCCAUUAUCUGGAGGUAACAGCUUCCAUAUCACAUGUAUUAUAAUAGAGAGAUGCAUGUACCUGAAAAUUGGCAAAGAUGAGAAAAUCUAUUUGAAAGCCAUUCCUCUCCAAGGAAAGCUUCCAGGGCUGAUCACUCAUUACUUUGGAUAAGAAAAAAUUAUGUUUCUCAUGUAAACUCUUAAAUACUAUGGUAGUAGAGAAAACUGAAAUUUUAUUCUUCUCUUUCCUCACCCCAGAAUAACUAUAUUGUUUCUCUUGCAACAACAAAAUUGGCUAUCACACCUUUAUACAGUUGCAAAUACACAUACCCGGGUCACGUAUUCACUUGGGUUGCAUUAGAUGGAUUUUUAUUUGUUCCCAGAACUCAUUUUGGAGCACAGUAAAAAUGGCAGCACAAGACAUUACCAGAGCGGUGUGUAACGAUGUAAAUGUUCCCCAUUUCCUUUAACCAUAAAAAGUGUAUUUAGUAGCAAUGAAGGUGGACAAUUCCUUUGCAAGAGAGCACAGUAGUGAAACAGCGACAUUUGGGGUUGCAAGUUCAGCCAUUUGCAGAGCCAUAUUUAUAUGCACCCUUAGCUGCGUUUUUUCCCAAGCACGUAUGUGUCAGUUAAUGCUUUUGAACAGUAUUUAUUGUAUCCAACACUCCUGUCCCAGUGCACACAUGUCAGAUUUCGUGUGUUUGUUUCACUUGUGGCAAGCAAAUUUAAGGUCUUUUUUUAAAGCCGGAAAGAUUAUUCAACAUUCAAGGGAAAGGGAUAUCCUGUACCUGUGACUUUCUUUUUGUGUGUUGCAAGUAUCAAUAUUCAGAUUCUGGUAUUUUAGACACACCAGCUGAACAUCUGUUGUUUUAUUUAUAAAUCUGAGUAGCCUUAAGGAAAGAGAAUGUUUUCAAGUAUUUCUCAUACUUGCAUAUCCUGUAUAUUCAUUGUUUACUUUUGUACUUGUAGCUUGGUAUGUAAUAACAUUGCUAAAAUAUGGGCAAUGUUCAGGUCACCUUAAGUAUAUGAUGUAUUAUCAUAUUUGUGGAUUAAAAAUGUGUGAGUACUGCCA